UUACAGAAAAAACUUGAUAAACGUGACUUUGACAGCUGCGUUGAGUUGGCCGCGAACCUGAGAGUUACAUUGUAUAAGAGAAACAAGUUGAUACGACUUGCUGACAAGUCGCCCGCCGGCUGGCAAACUGUGAAGGAAUACGUGUCCGACGAUCUCGCUUCUGACAGUGAGGACGAGAAACGUAUUAGACAGGCGGAACAGAGGGCAUUGAGGAGUAUAAAACUUAAACAUGGUUCUAGUAAACGUAGUUCUUCGGCUGUUUUUAACAACAGUGGUAAUACAGCUACACGUUACGCCUCUCCCCCCGCAGCCGCGGGGUCUGCGCCUUUUCGUGGAGGACCCUAUAACUACGGAGUCACUGCCCCGCGCAGCACCGCCCCUUCGGACCAGUGUUUCUCAUGUGGGGGAUUCGGUCAUUGGAGGAGGGACUGUGGGAAAUUCAGACAGGGAGGAUCUCGACAGCCACAGCAGCAGACAAACGGACCGAAGUGACGAGAUUCAUGAACUUUCAGAUGUCUUUAAUCAUGGGCGAUGGGUCAACAUGGGAACCACAAACAACAGAUUUUUGCCUCUCGUCAGUGAUUUAAAGAGGAUAGUUACGGCAUCUAAGGCUGUUAAUACCCGGAAAUGUUAUGAUCACGGGUUCAAACAAUGGUGUUCUUGGGCUAAUUCCUUCAAAGUUAAUGUCCUGCCAGCGUCGGAACAAUAUGUUGCCUUAUAUUUAGUAUCUAUAAUUCAAUCUAGCAGUAGUGUUGCUAAGUUAGACCAGGCUAUCUAUUCCAUCGGUUGGGUUCACCAACUGGCAGGUUUCCCGAAUCCUUGUUCAUCGGAUUUUAUAAAAAUGAUCAGGGCAGGGGGGUCCCGGCUGUUGGGAUGUCAACCCUGUAAAAAAGAGCCUAUCACUCCUGAUAUUUUAAAACAGUUAGUGACAUUUUUUGCUAAAGACUCGUGUUCCCUGAUGGAUCUAAGAAUAGUGUGUAUGUGUUUAGUAGGUUUUGCCGGUUUCCUUAGAUUUGCGGAAUUGGUCAAUAUUAAGAGAUCGGACAUCGUUUUCGCUGAUCAGUUCAUGACUAUCAGAAUUCCCAGAAGUAAGACGGAUGUAGUUAGCGCAGGAGCAGAAGUAGUUAUUGCUAAGACUUCUACGAUAUUAUGUCCGGUUGCCAUGCUCAAACGCUAUUUGACUUGUGCUAAGAUUCCCUCGGACUCCACAGCUUUUAUUUUUAGGCAAGUGUCAUUUUGUGAAAGUUCUAAUUCGUUCCAGCUUCGUAAUUCUGGUCCCCUUUCUUACACUAGAGCUAGAGAACUUCUUUUAGAAAAGCUUUCAUUAUUAGGUUUAGAUAGUAGGAAAUUUGGCCACCGCGGCAGCAAACUCAGGAGUUGCUGA